UAAUGCCCAUUAGCCAUGACGUUCUCGAGUCCAUCCUGCCAGGCAUCCAACGGUUGGUUUGUGAACUGCAAAAUCCACAAAGAAGAGAGGGAAGCGUCCGCUGCGCCCCUGGGUCGUUUUAAAUUUGCCUUUAAAAACAUCACCGAAAACUUAAAACAACCGCUAGCUAUGGCAGAGGGAGACAACAAAAGCGCCAACCUACUCGCCCAGGAGACGGCCCAGCUGGAGGAGCAGCUGCAGGGCUGGGGAGAGGUGAUCCUGGCUGGGGACCAGGUCCUGCGUUGGAAGAAACCAUGGUUCCCUGGAGCCCUGAUGGCAGCCACCACACUGGUCUUUAUGAUGAUCUACUACCUGGACCCCUCGGUGCUGACCGGCCUGUCCUGCACUGUCAUGCUGCUGUGUCUGGCUGACUACCUGGUGCCUACCCUCGCACCCCGCAUCUUCGGAUCCAACAAGUGGUCUUCAGAGCAGCAGCAGCGUUUCCAUGAGAUCUGUGGUAACCUGGUGAAGACUCAGCGUCGCAUCCUGGGCUGGUGGAAAAGACUCUUCUCGCUCAAGGAGGAGAAACCCAAGAUGUACUUUGCGUCUGUGAUCAGCAGUCUGGUGACGGUGGCCUGGAUGGGACAGCAAGUCCACAACCUUUUCCUCACCUACCUGAUCGUGAGUUUCCUGCUCCUGCUUCCUGGUCUGAACCAGCAUGGCGUCAUAAGCAAGUACGCUGGCAUGGCCAAGAGAGAGAUCAACAAACUGCUGAAACAGAAGGAGAAGAAGAACGAGUAGGAAGAAAGAGGUGAAGAAGAACGAGUAGGAAGAAAGAGGAGAAGAAGAGGGGAUCUGAGAGAUGAGACGAACGAGAGAGAAGAAGAAAAUGAGAAACCCGUAGAUCAAACGUAAAAGAAAAGGAGCUUCCACUAAGUACUUCUGUACUUCCUCAGUCUGCUCAGACCAACUCUACACACGCCCUCUCCCCCCUUGACCUCUGACCUGUCACCUAACCAACCAAUCACCUGGCGGGAUUUGUUUUUCAACAGGAAGUGUUUUUCCACCUAUCCUCCUACGCAUGCAGUCAGUCGCCAUAUCGGUCAAGGCUUUAGUUCACGAGUAGACCACACUGAAACAUUACAACACACACAUAUGAACCCCCCCCACACACACACAUGGCGGUGCCCCCAGCUGUGUCUCUCUAGGUGUUUACGAUGCCAGUCUCUUAUUAUUACUUUUGAAGUCCGAGGAAAGACUACUGAACAGAAACCUCUAGCAAUAUUAUUAUUAUUCCCUCCCCCCACACAUAAUACCAUCACAAUACAAUAUAUAAUCAAACUCAAUCUCCCAGAGAGGAUGGUUAGUGUAAUGGACGUACUGAUGGUAGGUAGUGUCAGUAUUGUUUCAGGAGGCUGGGACACCGUUGUUGCUGCCAUCGUUCCUUUAACUUUCAGAUUCCUGCUUCUGUCUGUUUUUAAGAUUGCACUGAAACCGUAGCAGAAACUGGAGUUUAGAGAAGCGGACCUAUGUGACGCCUCCCACGUGACACCCCAUUCCCUAUGUAGUGCACUAUCACUAUAGGCCCUGGUCAACAGUAGUGCACUAUCUAGGGAAUAUGGUGCUAUUUAAGACACCGCCCUGUUGUGAGCUGACACUGGUUCAGAGGCACAGACCUAGGAUCAGCGUAACCUGCCCCCUACCCUGACCUUACUGUCUAGUCCAGGGGAUCUUUACCUUACUAGUCCCACUGCUGUUACGCUGCUAGCUGGACCUGCUAGUCCUUUAUCUGUCCCUCCUCUAUCCCUGUCUCACGACAGUCUAAACCCAGCUCACGUUCCCUGUUAGUUACUAAUAACGCUGCUAGCUGGACCUGCUAGUCCUUUAUCUGUCCCUCCUCUAUCCCUGUCUCACGACAGUCUAAACCCAGCUCACGUUCCCUGUUAGUUACUAAUAACGCUGCUAGCUGGACCUGCUAGUCCUUUAUCUGUCCCUCUAUCCCUGUCUCACGACAGUCUAAACCCAGCUCACGUUCCCUGUUAGUUACUAAUAACGCUGCUAGCUGGACCUGCUAGUCCUUUAUCUGUCCCCCCUCUAUCUCUGUCUCACGACAGUCUAAACCCAGCUCACGUUCCCUGUUAGUGGGUGAACAAUCCAACGCUUGAUGAAAUCUACUAAUAACGCUAUUGGCUGGACCUGCUAGAGUCCUUUCUGUCUCUCUAUCCCUGUCUCUCUGGUCGGGGGGCCGAUGAUUGUAAAUACGCCGAUCCUCUUCCUAUCUUUUAUCUCUCUGUCUUGUCUGUUUAUAUUCUUUGCCUACUAUCUCGCUGUUCCCCUCCUCCAUGUCAUCUGUCUGAGUUCUCUACAAAACAAUGAAUAAAGUCUGAUGUAAAUGAA